AGAAGGUGAAGACAAAUCUGAUGAAGACUAUGGCUGCCUAUGGGACAGAUGGGGGCAGAAGAAGGAACUAAAACGAAGUCCAUGGCUGCCUUCAAGAAGAACUAGGAAAAAAAAAGGGGGCGGAUGAGGAGGAGGAGGACGGACGAAGAGGACGGGAAGAAGGAAGAGGAGGAGGAGGGAGGAGGAGGAGGAGAAGAAAAAGGAAGAGGAGGAGGAGCAGAGGAAGAAGGAAGAGGAGGAGGGAGGAGGAGGAAGAGGAAGAGGAGGGGGAAGAAGAAGAAAAAGAAUAAGGAAGAGGAGGAAGAAAGAGGAGGAGGAGGAGGAAGAAAGAGGAGGGAGGAAGAGGAAGAAGAAGAAGAAGAAGGAAGAGGAGGAGGAGGGAGGAAGAGGAAGAAGAAGAAGAAGAAGAAGAAGAAGAAGAAGAAGAAGGAAGACGAGGGAGGAAGAGGAAGAAAAGGAGAAGAAGGAAGAGUAAUGCCUGAUGCAAUAGAGCUGGUGUUCCAGUCAGCACUUGCUAUCGGAAGGGCUGGUGCGGUGGAAGAGCUGAUGGGCUUUGUGAGUAAUGCGGCCGUUGCCUACGCAAAAGCAGCUGCUCUUUUCUACUUUAUCCUUGUAGAGGCUCCGGCGCUGUCGCUAAAUCCACCUCUUGUACUUACUAAAAUGGACAGGCAACGCCUGCGCCGGUAUUCCGAAGCAGUGAACAUGCGGCAGAGUCUAUGUAGCUCUGAAAGACUUGGGCAACAGCGAUCGCAGAGAGGAUUCAGUGCCAUGUGGGCACAUGUGCAGCUGUGAGUGGACAUAGGGCCAGGGCACGGGGAAAAAAGGCCUGAUGGUUGGUUUAUGCCUGCAGUCUUCUCAACUUUCUUGUGCACUGAUAUAUAAGCGCUUGGAGGAUUGACAAUUGCAGGAGGUAUAUCUGUGGGCUCAGGUUUACUGUGGCUUUCCAUCUUGAGGGAGGCAUAGAACAUGCGCAGUCUCAGAAAGACUCGAACGAAAAGAAACCUGGGUAACAUAAUGGAUAUAUCGUGUCGCAAGGGCAUUGUACAUACUUUUCACGCUUCCUUUCGGACACUUCAUGGUAAAUCAGGGAUGUAUUUUUUUCCAGCACACAGGGAGGACGACUGAACGAGGAGUGGUUCAAGGUCCUUAAUACUACGACUCCAUGUACGGGCUUCCUUCUGUUUGCGUUCCGCAGGAUAAUUUGCGUUGUGUCAUGCACCACAAGCUUUAACUAGCAGUCGAUCUAGAUCGUUCCCCGAUGUUCGAGGUGCUAGUCAGCUAUUGAUGUCAGAUGCUGCGGCAGAGUGCGCAGUUGGUGGUUGUAGAGAGUGGCCGCCGAUGCUGUAGUCACUGCAAGGCUUAGAGGUCCAGGGCUGCUCUGUGCAGCUGGUGCCUCUAUGUGGUGUGGAGCAUGGGCGAAUACUGCCCAAGUCGAGACGCUACCAGGCAAUUGAAUGUCAAUGAGCAUCGCACAGCCUCUCAUCAUAGGUGUCACAAAUGUGAAGCCACAAUGUA